UAUGCAACUCACGCUCAAGCGACGAGCAUUUCAGAUAUUUGGAAUUUCUUCCCAGCUUUGCUUCACGCAGUAAACGACGCUCCAAAUUUAGAAGCGAGACUUACAUAUCUCACAGGUUUCAGGUGCUCUCUUAACGAUUGUGUCAUCUCCGCGCCUAGUCUCAAACAAUGAGCACCACCAGAGUCAACGUCGAAGGGAUUAUGUUAUUCGAGCAGCCUUUUGCAAGAGUUCCGUAUGAGAGCUAUCGCAAAGUCUUUCGGACGUCACUAAAACAUAUCGAGAAGGAGCUCGGAACGGUACAGAUCUCAUCGAGUGAGCUGGCCACAAGAAGCAAGGCCGGGAAUAGUGACACUGAGGACACGUUGAAGGCGGUCGAAGGCAUGAUCACGCGAGUGGAAAACCUGAAGCGCAAGCUGUCGGAUCUCCAGAGCUCUGCGGGAACUCCCACACUGGGCGUCAUGCGAGAACGCCUGCAGCAUCUCGCUUCGGUCGAGGGGAUGCAGUCGACUCACGAUCCUGCCUUCGAUCGCUGGGCAGAUACACGUCUUGACCGCUGGCUCGUUGACUGGUCGCUUCGACAUGGAAAAGAGAAGACUGCCAGAAUGAUGGCGCAAGAACGUGGCAUCGAGAGACUUGUUGAUAUCGAUCUUUUCUCUGACAUAUGUCGGAUUGAAGAGGCACUCAAGCACCAAAGCUGCACCGAAGCCUUGGCAUGGUGCAGCGAGAACAAGUCGGCACUCCGCAAGCUGAAGAACACACUGGAGUUCGACCUUAGGCUACAAGAGCACAUUGAGCUAGCUAGAGCUGGCAAGAAGAUGGAAGCAAUUGAAUAUUCCAAGAAAUAUCUACUCCAAUGGCAAGAGACACAUCUUGCCCAAAUACAGCAAGCUUCUGCUCUUCUUUGUUUUUCUCCCACGACGACGUGUGGACCAUACAAGCGAUUGUACGACCCCUCGCGCUGGGCGACACUAGUGCAAUCCUUCCGUCUGGCAAUAUACAAUCUUAGCACUCUCCCUACUGAACCGCUGCUACAUCUCGCCAUGUACGCCGGUCUUGCAUCGUUAAAGCUUCCCGCUUGCUAUGACCCGGACACGAAGAACGUGGACUGCCCUGUUUGUGAUCCCGACCUGGGAAAGCUUGCGGAAGAAGUGCCCUUCAGCCAUCAUGUGAACUCAACUAUCGUCUGUCGGCUCAGUGGAAAGAUCAUGGACGGGAACAAUCCGCCGAUGGCGUUCCCAGUCAAUGGACAUGUGUAUUCCAAGGAGGCACUGGAGGAGAUGGCUUUGGAGAAUGAUGGUAUCGUUAUCGACCCCUGGACGAAGGAAAAAUGCAACUUCUCCGAGUUGCGCAAAGUAUUCGUCUCAUGACAUUCAUGACCUGGAUAUUGGCAUCACUCCAUGUAUAGUAUGUGUAUUCUGGAUGGCAAUGAUGUGUAUUUCUACCUUCAGCACGAC